UCAGAUCGACGUCUUGGUAAGGCUCAACUCGACAAACACACAGUUACCAGGGCAGGCCUGUCCACUACUGAUAUAUAACCGUUCACAGGUCGUCCUACUUAGCAUGCUGGAUCGCCUUCAAUAACCUCAUUUUGAACUCAGGCAAUCCCGAUAGGCAGCAUGAUGGCAUACCGAAUCUACGGAGCUCUAGGCACGACUGUUCGAAAUCCUUGUUUUGAUGCUACUCAACAGAAAGCCUGGCUCUGUAGCCUGUUAUCAUACUUACGAUCCAGUUCUCAUGGUAGCCGUGGCCGUUCCAGAGCGACCUGCGCGUGUUAGCUCGGGUCCGGUCCGUGUUUUUCCAGCCUGCAUGCAACAUAUGGCCAUUACAGUGGACAACAGUUCAGGCGCUACCGAACCGGUCACGCACGGCCGAACUUCAAGGCACAUCACAAAUGAUUGCACCUCCAGGCUUAUCAUAUGCCAUUGCUCGAACGAGUUGCAUCUCACUUAGGCUAGCUUCUGAAUGUCGAUGCAUGUCCAGUAUCAAUCUGCCCGAGACCCGCCCGGACCACUACCCGUCCUAGGCAACGCCGGUGUAGACCUCGCCCUUCUUCU